AUGACCGCCUUACCAAUAGUUGAAACCCAAUCGGGAGAUGUUUUGGCUUGUAUUCCUACUAAUGUAAUUUCCAUUACUGAUGGACAAAUCAUUUUAUCCGCCGACCUAUUCAAUUCUGGAAUCAGACCUGCUAUUAAUAUGGGUAUCUCCGUUUCCAGAGUGGGGUCCGCAGCUCAAAUAAAAGCCAUGAAACAAGUAGUUGGUAAAUUAAAAUUAGAACUAGCACAAUUCGCAGAAUUAGAAGCCUUUGCACAAUUUGCUUCUGAUCUCGAUAAAGCUACUCAGAAUCAAUUGGCAAGAGGUCAACGAUUACGUGAAGUGCUUAAACAAUCCCAAGCAGCUCCUCUCACGGUAGAAGAGCAGAUAAUGACUAUUUAUAACGGAACAAACUGCUAUCUUGAUUCAUUAGAAGUUGGACAGGUAAUUCAGUCUUAUGGUUCUUCAUUAUCUGCAUAUGGCCCUUUUUUCCUAGGUGCUCAUUUUGUCUGGGCUUUUAGUUUAAUGUUUCUAUUCAGUGGACGUGGUUAUUGGCAAGAACUUAUUGAAUCCAUCGUUUGGGCUCAUAAUAAAUUAAAAGUUGCUCCUGCUACUCAGCCGAGAGCCUUGAGCAUUAUACAAGGACGUGCUGUAGGAGUAACCCAUUACCUUCUGGGUGGAAUUGCCACAACAUGGGCAUUCUUCUUAGCAAGAAUUAUUGCAGUAGGAUAA